CAAUUACAAAACCACAUGGUAUCUUCGUAAAAUUUUACAUAAUCCAUGCCUGUCGGCGAAGAGUACGAAGGAAAUACAAGAUAACGGGGUUUUUGUCACAGUGUUUAAACUCUCAUACCGAGAUCCUAACAAUUCGGUUUAAAAUUGAAAUUUAUGGCUCCUAGGCGAAAACAAACAUAGUGCUAGCGCGCACGCAACUGUUCCAAAACGGAAUGGAGUAUUGCCUCAAAGACCUGUUGGUAUAACUGGAAGAUCGGUGAAAGGCAAUACAAACAACCGCGCCGACAAAACAAAUAACAAGUAUACAGCUUCCUACAUUGCAGCACCCAUAAAUCAAGGACUGCUGAAGAGUGUUCCUUGCCAUACGUUAUGCAGUAGAGCAUUCAUGUUUCGUGGUUAUCAUUAAUUGCAUGUGGAGGAUGCAGGAUAUCCGUACAACGGCCUCUGCGGAACGUGCGAUCUACGUAACAAGACGUUUAUCGUUCGGAAUGACAAACAUAUCGUAGAAAUCAGCAACAAAAGAACCUGUUUAAUACAAUAUGAAAAUGAAACCAUUAUUACGGUUAUUUUUGGUGCUUCUUCUCCGCCUUCUUCUUGGCCCGCUCCAAAACACAUUAAAAGACACAUUUAUUUUGCUUUAUAUUUCUAACAAUAAACCAACGAUUCAAAAGAAUUUUGUUUGACUUGUGCAGAAUGGUUGUUGUGCUAAUAGAGUUAAUUUAUAAAGACGAAGAGAAAACCAUAUCAAUACGGCCAGACCGUUCUAUCUGAAUAACUGGAAUAACUGGAAACUGGACAAAAUAUUAAACAUUAUUUUUUUCUUUGUUUCUUUUAGGCUCUGGUGAGAAUUUAGCCGAGGAUCAGGAGUCAACAUGAACUGGAACACGGUUUCUGAAACCGAUGACUCGAAAAAUAUUGCAAAAGACGAUAGUACAAAGGAGGCAAACAACAACGAAGUUAUUCAAAGCAUAAGGCCAAAAACGAAUCAAUCGUUUGAUGCAGAACAUUCUUCGGACCAACCCCAAAACUUAAAGUUAUCAGAAAUCGGAAUGAUUACCAAUCGUAAAGCUCGCACAGCGUUCACUAAGGCUCAAGUAAAUCAUAAUGUUAAGAUAUGGAAGUAUAAAAAAGCUUUACAAAAACAAAUAUGUUUUUCCUAUACUCGCAGAUAAAAGCGCUAGAGUGUGAAUAUGCUCAUUCACAUUACCUGACCCGUCUUCGUCGGUACGAAAUCGCCGUUGCACUUAUGUUAAGCGAAAGACAAGUGAAAGUAUGGUUUCAAAAUCGACGAAUGAAAAUGAAACGCAUGAGUUCGUCUUAGGUGAUUAAGCUUAUAAUGUUAAAACUAGCAUCUGAUCCCACA